AUGAUAGGAAAAAUUUUUAAGGUUGAAACAAUGGGUAAGGCUGAACAACUUGCUGAAAUCAGAGAAAAGAAGGCUAAGAAUCCAAUGAGGGAUAUCAAAAUUGCCAAACUCUGCAUUGAUAUUUGUGUUGGAGAAUCUGGUGAUAGACUUACUCGUGCCGCUAAGGUCGUUGAACAACUUACUGGUCAAAUUCCAGUUCUCUCAAAAGCUCGUUACACAAUUCGUUCCUUUGGAAUUCGUCGUAAUGAAAAAAUUGCUGUUCAUGCUACAAUUCGUGGGUCAAAAGCCGAGGAAAUCAUUGAACGUGGAUUAAAAGUUAAAGAAUACGAACUUUACCGUGAGAAUUUCUCUGACACUGGUAACUUCGGAUUCGGAAUUGCUGAGCACAUCGAUCUUGGACUUAAGUAUGAUCCAUCUAUUGGUAUCUACGGAAUGAACUUCUACGUAGUUCUUGAUCGUGCCGGUGGAAAACGUGUAGCCAAGAAGAAACGUUGCACAGCUCGUGUUGGUAAAUCACACAGACUUAGUAAAGAGGAAGCUGUUAAAUGGUUCCAACAAAAGUUUGAUGGAGUUAUCCUUCCACCAAGACCAAAAGUUGCUCGUUCUAAUUACCGCAGACGUUAA